AAGCUUUUUACUAGUGAUGUGCAAGAAUGAAAAAACAACAUCGAAAAGAUAUAAACACAAAUGUUGAAACUGUGGUGAGCGACAGCGAAAUAUUUGUGCGACUGUUACAUUGAGAAAAUUUCAAAAAUAAUUUAUAAAAUUUUGGUAGUACAGUAAAUUUUCUUAUUAGGCUCUAAUAAGCAGAAUUGACAUUACCUAUUAGAAUGCUAUAGUUCAAGUGGAGGUCUGUUAAAUUAACAGAGGUGAACCAAAAAGCUUUCAUGCCAAUCGGCUGCGAUAUGUAUCGAUGGAAAAGCUGCCAUCUGCGUGAGGCGCGCAGCUGAUUUUGGCUUUUGCCUCUGUUUCGUUCUUUCCAUAUUUCAGUUGUAGCUAAGGCAUUGUCGAGAAAAAUAUACAAGUCUACUACGUUCAGUGGCUUAUCGCCUGAUCUUUUAAUUGAAUUAAACAAAAUAAGCGACAUGUUCAAGUUGUGCGUACUUAUCUCGUCGCUGCUUUUGGCGAUGCAGCUUGGAAAAGCUCUCGAGUUCCAAGAUUGCGGCUCAAAGACUGGCAAAUUCACUCAAGUCACCAUCGAGGGCUGCGAUACCACAAAGGCGGAGUGUGUGCUACGAAGAAAUACGAAUGUGUCAAUAACAAUAGAUUUUGCAUUGGCCGAAACGGCCUCAGCGGUAAAAACGGUGGUCCAUGGCAAGAUUUUGGGCAUAGAAAUGCCCUUUCCGCUAAACAAUCCAAAUGCAUGCCUUAACAGCGGCCUUAAAUGUCCGUUAGAAAAGAAUGAGGCCUAUAGAUAUACAGCUACGCUGCCCGUGCUGAAGAGCUACCCAAAGGUCUCGGUGCUCGUCAAAUGGGAGCUGCAGGACCAGAACAGUGUGGAUAUCGUGUGCGUCGAAAUACCCGCCAAGAUACAAUAAAACCUGAUCAUCGAGAAACGUUCACUUAAAACUGUUAAAUUCGCAUUACCGAGUUCUUAUUGUAAUCUAAUUUAAAAUAAAGAAAAUAAAAUUA